AUGGGGGACCCACCACCGGACCCUGAGCACCCUUUCCAGCAGUCCAUGAGCCGGCAAGGUUCUCAGGACGCCGACUCGGAUUGGCGGACUGGUGAGGACCCUUGGGUGAACCAGCCCAACUUGACUGAGAUGUCUGAGGACUUCCAAGGCCCAGAAGCCCAGGUGGGCGGUUUGGAGUACCCGGUACAGACUGCCGACCCCACCCAGGGCUUCCAGGUCUAUCCUUACAUGGAAGAAAACCACGGCCAGAGCAUGGAGCGCAGGGCCAGCCGGCUGCUACCACAGACGGAUCAGAGCCAAGGCACCACCCUCCAGCAGAUGGACUUUGCCUAUCAGGAUCCCCGCUCUGACCUCUUAGGCCAAUUCACUUCCUACCAGAGAGAGGACCUACAGCUUGAGGAUAGCCAGCACGGGCCCUACAUAAGGGAUGACCCUGCCCUCCAGUACUCACCCUCCGAGCUGGGCUUCCCCUACGUUAUGGAGGUGCCAGAACCCGAGCCGCGGGAGCUAGCCGUGCAGAAUGCCAAGGCCUACCUGCUGCAGACCAGUGUCCGAUGCGACCUCAGCCUGUAUGAGCACCUGGUGAACCUGCUGACCAAGCUUUUGAACCAGCGCCCCGAGGACCCCCUGUCCAUCCUGGAGUCGCUGAACCGCACCACGCAAUGGGAGUGGUUCCACCCCAAGCUGGACAUGCUAAGAGAUGACCCUGAAAUGCAGCCCACCUACGAGAUGGCAGAAAAGCAGAAGGCACUGUUCAUCCGGAGCAGUGCUGGCGGGGAGGGCGAUCAGGAGAUAGAGGAGGAGGUGACGGAGACACCCGUGCCCAACAUCAUGGAGAAAGCCUUCUACUUCGAGCAGGCGGGCAUCGGCCUGGGCUCUGACGAGAGUUUCCGCAUCUUCCUCGCCCUGAAGCAGCUGGUGGAACAGCAACCCAUCCUCACCUGCCGCUUCUGGGGCAAGAUCCUGGGGCUCAAGCGUAGCUACCUGGUGGCCGAAGUGGAAUUCCGGGACGGUGAGGAGGAAAGCGAAGAGGAGCAGCUGUCGGAAAUGUUGGAUAGCGGUGAGGUCUUGGAGGCACAUGGGGAGGAGGAGGGAGAGGAGGACGAAGAGAAAGUGGCCGACCUGAUCCCCAAAUCCACGUGGAAGCCACCAGCUGUCAUUCCCAAGGAGGAGAGCCGCUCAGGAGCCAACAAAUACUUGUACUUCGUGUGCAAUGAGCCAGGCCGACCCUGGACACGACUGCCCCACGUCACCCCGACCCAAAUCGUGCACGCGCGCAAGGUCAAGAAGUUCUUCACCGGCUACUUGGACGCCCCGGUCAUCAGCUACCCUCCCUUUCCAGGCAACGAGGCCAAUUACUUGCGCGCGCAGAUCGCGCGCAUCUCGGCCUCCACGCACAUCAGUCCACUAGGCUUCUACCAGUUUGGGGAGGAGGAGGGCGAUGAGGAGGAGGAAGGUGGUGCGGGCCGUGACUCCUUUGAGGAGAACCCCGACUUCGAGGGCAUCCCAGUGCUCGAGCUGGUUGACUCCCUGGCCAACUGGGUGCAUCACACACAGCACAUCCUGCCGCAGGGCCGCUGCACCUGGGUGAACCCUUUGCAGAAGUUGGAGGAAGAGGAGGAGUUGGGGGAGGAGGAAGAGAAGGCGGAUGAGGGGCUGGAAGACGUGGAGCAGGAAGUUGGGCCCCCGCUCCUGACCCCACUCUCAGAAGAUGCAGAGAUCAUGCACCUUUCGCCCUGGACUGCCCGGCUCUCCUGCAGCUUGUCCCCCCAGUAUUCUGUGGCUAUCGUGCGCUCCAAUCUCUGGCCCGGGGCAUACGCCUACGCCAGUGGCAAGAAGUUUGAGAACAUUUACAUCGGCUGGGGUCAUAAGUACAGUCCUGAAAACUUCAACCCAGCCCUGCCAGCCCCCAUUCAGCAAGAGUAUUCCAGCGGCCCUGAUAUCAUAGAGAUGAAUGACCCCACUGUGGAGGAGGAGCAGGCCUUGAAGGCUGCUCAGGAGCAGGCCCUGGCCGCCGCAGAGGAGGAAGAAGAGGAGGACGUAGAAGAUGAGGAUGAGGACGUAGAAGACUGA